CUAGCUCUUCUGAUGGUCCCACCUCACUUGCAUAGACCACUCUCCUUGAGGACGAACUCAUUAGUGACGUCACUGUAUGCAGUCAAACCAAGCGUGGUUUGUGUGUGCGUGUGUCUGUGUGGUCUGUGUGACCGCGUAUUGCCGAAUAUGCGCAACUCCUACCGUUGCCAGUUGCCGGAGUUAGUAAGAGAAAAGGCGGUCUGGACAGCAAGCAUUUAUUACGGCCUGAAAGUAGAAAGCGUUUGCUCCUGCGAUGUAUUUUGACGCGCCUGCUUGUUGCUGAAUGGUUUUAACCGCGCUCUAUAGUUAAAACCCAUUGCGUUGUGUGUGGCGCGAUUCACAAUGGAUUUAUUAUUUGUAUGUCGAGGGCAGACAUCGCCCGGUCCUUCUUGUAAUUUUUGACUUGUCAUCACUGGGUUAGUGUUCCUUUUCUUCCUUUUUCUGAACGACAACAACAAAGACGUCUAGCCACUGCCUGACAUUUGGAUACUGGUGACCACAUGGUUCAACAUUUUUGGAGGGCGAAUUCACAUCGGAGAGUCUUUGCUUGCUUUUUGAGCCUUCCCUGGUUCAUGGGGUGACCCAUUCAGGGCUCAUGAGAUGUGACAGCAGGACAGCCCAGACUUCCUCCCCGCCUGUGGCCUCAUCCCCGUCAGCAAAGUUGGGGUGCUCCUUCCCGGGCCCGGACCAUCUCCAACCCCUACAGCCGCCCUCUCGCCCUAACCCUCCUCCCGACGGAUUGAAUGACACUUAGCAGUGAAGCCGCCGUGCUCUGCCUCCCUGUCGCCAUGAAGAGCCGGUACCAGCAGUACUACAACUCCACCCUCAUCCAGUUCUACUACCGCUUCGCCAAGGACAUCAGCCAGGAGGAACUGUUGCGGCGGCAGCAGGAGAAGAAGGAGCUGAGCACGCUCAACAUCGUCAUCGUGGUGCUGUGCAGCAUCAUCAUCCUGGAGAACAUGCUGGUGCUCAUCGCCGUCUUCCGCAACAAGAAGUUCCACUCCGCCAUGUUCUUCUUCAUCGGCAACCUGGCCUUCUCCGACCUACUGGCCGGCUCCGCCUACAUCGCCAACAUCUGCCUGUCGGGGCCGCGCACCUUUGAGCUGCUGCCCGUGCAGUGGUUCAUCCGCGAGGGCACCGCCUUCAUCGCCCUGGCCGCCUCCGUCUUCAGCCUCCUGGCCAUCGCCAUCGAACGCUACGUGGCCAUCACGGAGGUGAAGGUGUACGGCUCCAACAAGACGUGCCGCAUGUUCAUGCUGAUCGGCGCGUGCUGGUUCACCGCCAUCCUGCUGGGGGGCCUGCCCAUCCUGGGCUGGAACUGCAUCAACACCCGCGGCGAGUGCUCGGCCGUGCUCCCCCUCUACACGCAGCGCUACAUCUGCUUCGCCAUGACCAUCCUCAGCGUGAUCCUGCUGUCCAUCGUCAUCCUGUACGUGCGCAUCUACCUGAUCGUGCGCUCCAGCCACCAGGAGGCCACCAAUUCGCCGGCGUACGCGCUGCUGAAGACGGUUACCAUCGUGCUGGGCGUGUUCAUCGUGUGCUGGCUGCCCGCCUUCACCAUCCUCAUGAUGGACUCCUUCUGCUCCAUGAAGGCGUGCCCCAUCCUGAAGUACGCCGACAAGUUCUUCGCCCUGGCCACGCUCAACUCGGCGAUGAACCCCAUCAUCUACACGCUGCGCAGCAAGGACAUGCGCAAGGAGUUCCUGCGCGUGCUGUGCUGCUGGGGGCUCCUGCGGAGCGGGCAGCCCGCCGACCGGUGCCUGGUGCCCCUGAAGAGCUCCAGCUCCCUGGAGCACUGCACCAACAAACACGAACACCAGCAGACCACGCCCAUCAUGCAGACGUGCACCACCUGCGUUUGACGGGCCGCGUGUGUGUGUGUGUGUGUGUGUGUGUGUGUGUGUGUGUGCGUGUGAUGUGUGUCGCACUGGCGUUUGUUAAAAGCACCGCUUCCACUUCUUGUUUUUCCUUUUUCUCGUGCACGUACAAAGAGGAAAAUAAGAGGGGACAGGAUGUUGGCCGGCUCUCUGUGGACGAUUGGGGAAGAGAGAGCGAGGGGCGAGCGAGACGCGUGCACCGCUGCCGACGCCGGCGCGACCUGGAUGAGGAAGCGAUCCUGGAGGGCGCCGAGACCCCAACAGCCGAGGCCCUUGUUAAAAACUGUAAAAAAAAAAAAAAGAAAAAAACGUUCUGACUGACUUUCUCUCGCAUUUCAACUCCAAAGUGAAUUGUAUGUAUUUUACAAUCCGUGUUUCUAACGUGUUCCAUGCAAACUGAAGCCGUGACCAGCAGGCACAAAUGGCUUGGGAAGAGACGUGACAUUAUGAACUCCUGGGGAGACUUUUGAAAAAAAAAUGUGAAGAAAACGUGGGUACUAAUUACAGACAAUAUCUACAAACCUUUACAGACAAGCCUUUGAGCUCUUUAAAUAAAAAGAGCCCCCCCGCCCCCUGUCAUGUAUGGAAAUGCCCCAUCGAAUACCAAAUAUAUGUACGGCAAAUGCCAUCUAAAUUAGAUUGAGUUGUGGUGAGACUUGUGUCUACGUCUGCACUGAUGUAAAGCGUGCAAUGUUGCACUUUGAAAAUUUGUAGGCAAUAUCAACCUUUCCCCUAUGAGUUGAAUGUUUGCCUUUUUUUCCCAAGACUUAUGAACAUUCCUACGCCCUCAUAGACGUACGUUACGUAUGGCCCUACACGAUACUGCUCAUGAGCACGGAGGCAGCAGUGAUCUACUCCCUUUGAAACCCUGCACUCCAGACAAUCCAGGACACAACACCCCUUAUGGCGUCCCCCCCCCCCCGGGCAAUGUAUAACCUCUAUAUAACCUUUAUAGUACCACUUCAUUUACCAAUACAGACGCCAAGUAUUCUGCUUCCAUGUACUGCAUGAUUUCCCUUUGUACUCGUUUGUAUGCGCUCAUAUGUAUGAAUGGUAUAUAUCCAAGUGCAGACUCCUUCACGUACAAACCCCCCCCCCCCCCCAAACUAGCCAACCGACCACUCCCAUUUACCCGUUGCAUUCAGUCCCCCCCCACCGCGCGCGCGCUUUCACCGUUGUCUGUAGUAUCUGAACAAUUUCCUCAGAGGAAGGCUCAAUCACAAAACACACUUCCUGGAGUGAGUAGGCACUGAUAGAUUUCAGCUCUGAAACAGCUGUCACACACAAAGUCUAAUGGGAUUGUUGUCUUGACAAGUCGUAGCAGUGUAGCAGCAGUGCACUCCCUCCCUCCUCCCUGCCCUGCCUCUCCCUUCCAUAGCGUCUUCCUCUUAGGCAUAUGCGGCUGAAUGUAAAGUUUGAAGUGUUCGAAGGAGCGUGCGCUCUUCUAAUGACAGUAUUAUUAUUUGUAUUUGUAUUAUUAUUAUUAUUAUUAUUAUUCAUCGUCGCUGUUUGCAUUCAUCUGCGGGUGAUGUUGCUUCCGGGUGUGAUGACCAGGCUAGCUCACUCUCAAUGUGAGUCUUAAAUCGAGAAAAAAACACACACAGACAGACACACACAUAUGUUCUCCGUUAUUGGUGGUCAUACGCAUCUCGCAUUACCAGGGGACGAAAUCGGAUCUGUCGUGCGUAAACGCGUCUCAGCUUACCGAAGAAAAAAUACAUUAAAAAAAACCGCACAUCCCCUGCUGAAGGGUGCACCGGAUCCAGUUUCAGCGGUGAUGUGUGUGCGCGUGAUUGUAUGCGGGGUGAGAGGGAUUAAGCCCUCACGGGAAGUUCAGCUUCAUCCUACGACAACGCAACGACUUCCUUUUGACCCAUAGGAAGUCCUGUUUUUUAUGUGUUUUUUCUCUCCGCAGUCCGGUUCCUGUUCUGGCCUCCUAACGCGUCUUCCUGUUAGACACUCACGCUUCCAUGCAAUUAGCUAGACAAAGACGGUUUUACUUAAUUAUUUCACCAGGUUUUUGAACUUCAGGAAAGCCAUGUAGAUCUAGCGUAAAAGCACUUUGGCAGCCUCAGCAGCAUCCCCCCUUCACCCCUCCCCCCCCUACCUCCGCGGCCACACCCACACCUCCGCUUCUCUUUCCCCCUGGUAUUUUGAGACGUGUUUUAAUCUGCGUAACCUUCACUUCAUUUUGUUGCCUAACUCUAUAUUUCAAAAAGAUAUACAUAACUCUGUAAGUCAUGUAUGUAUGUACAUUCUGUAUGUAGUGUUUGUGUGUGUGUAUGUUUGUACAGUAUGUGUGUGUACAGUAUGUGUGUGUGUGUGUAAAAUGUUAAAUAUGUAUGAAGUGUGUAGUACUGAAUGUUCUGUGUGCAAUAGCCUUGCAUUUCCUGUAGCACGCUGCCUGUGUGAAAAUGGUACAAUCUUAAACACUAAUAGAGGUACAUAAACAUUGUGUUCAUUGUAUUCCCUUUUUUUUUUUAUACAAAAUAAACGAAAUACUGAAAUAAU